AUGAGUUUACAAACUAAGAAUAGCAAGAGAUUUAAGAAGUACAGAUGCACUUAUGAAGGCUGCGGGAAGAUAUACGAUCGCCCUUCGUUAUUGCAACAACACAGAUACUCACAUACCAAUGAAAGACCAUACGCAUGCCAGUAUGAGAACUGUGGCAAGAAGUUCAUGAGACCUUGUCAUUUGAGGGUCCAUGAGUGGACACAUUCGCAAGUCAAGCCAAGAACAUGCCAUGUCUGCGGUAAAGGUUUAAUCACUUCGCAACAGUUGACCAGGCAUUUAAAAUCCCAUGAAAAAAAAUUACAGAGACAGUUACACAAUGCAGAUGUGGAAGUAACAAAUAAUGAUGUCGUAUUAAUGCCAAAUGGCUAUAAUACCCCAGCUAAAGCUGAUAUAACAGUGCCAAGUCUAGAUACUCCUUAUUCUGAAGGUACCAGAAUGAUAGACAUUAAAUCGCCUCAUGGAAUAAUAAAAAUCCCCUGUAUUUACGAAGGUUGUGAUAUGGAGAUGACUGAGAAAGACGAUUUAAUGAACCAUAUGAUAGAAGAGCAUUUGGUCUCUCAGUUCUCGAAAUCUGAUAGAGUUUUUGAAGGUAAUUUUACCAAUGUCGAUGGCAUAUUUCCUAGUCCACCAAACAGCAGUGUGUCUAGUGAGAGACCAUCGACAGUCGAUUUGUCGGUACUGACUCAAUCACAAAGGGAAUCCUUUUUGCACGACAACAUCGAUGUUCCGAUCUCGCAAGGUCAACAUGUACAACGUAAAAGUUCUGCGGAUGGCAGGCCCUAUCCUAAAUUUCUAUAUCAACCUGGUCAUGAAGGAGCCAGUCCAGUUAAUCCAUUUGCAUUCGACUUAGUUAACAACGAGAGUCUGAUAAGAGACUACUGGUGCAAUUUGAACUGUAGAGUUGAAGGAUGUUCAUGUAGUUCUGGUAAAUGGUUUAACUCAGUUUUCGAGUUAAUUGAACAUUACGAUCAAACACACGAGUUCGUCCCAGUUACCUUAGUUAAAUAUGGUUAUAUCAGUUUAUUCUCAACAGAAGAAUAG